AGCGGGACGGGAAAGGGUUCGGGCUGGGAGCCUGCGGCGGGGCCACCGUGCUGGGGCUUUGAACUCGGACGGAAGGUGAACCAGAACUUUUGGAACUGGCGCCGGCGGCUCUCCACCCCCCAGGCCCAACUGAGGCAGUUCAGGAAACUCUUGUUGCCGAGAGCCUGCGUGAAAACUCAGCCCUCAAACUCUGCUGGAAGCAGUAUAGAAGAAUUUUAUGGAUCAGUUUGCUAAGAAGCACAUGGAAAAUUUGAAGAGCUGAAGAAAAUCAUUAUUAAACUUGCUUUUAAAAAUCUCUAGGUUGGAAUUUGCCCUUGACAGAUAACAACAUGAUGAGUGAUGCAAGUGACAUGCUGGCUGCGGCGCUGGAGCAGAUGGACGGGAUUAUAGCAGGUUCUAAGGCCUUGGAAUAUUCCAAUGGAAUUUUUGAUUGCCAGUCUCCCACCUCCCCGUUCAUGGGAAGCCUGCGAGCUCUGCACCUUGUAGAAGACCUGCGUGGGUUGUUAGAGAUGAUGGACACAGAUGAGAAGGAAGGUUUGAGGUGCCAGAUCCCAGAUUCAACAGCAGAAACACUCGUCGAAUGGCUUCAGAGUCAAAUGACAAAUGGACACCUGCCUGGGAAUGGAGAGGUGUAUCAAGAAAGGCUAGCCCGUUUAGAAAAUGAUAAAGAAUCUCUCGUUCUUCAGGUAAGUGUGUUAACAGACCAGGUAGAGGCUCAGGGAGAGAAGAUUCGAGAUUUGGAGUUUUGUCUUGAAGAGCACAGGGAGAAGCUGAACGCCACAGAAGAAAUGCUGCAGCAGGAGCUUCUGAGUAGGACAUCCUUAGAGACUCAGAAGUUGGAUCUGAUGGCUGAAAUCUCUAACUUGAAGCUAAAACUGACGGCUGUAGAGAAGGACAGAUUGGACUAUGAAGACAGGUUCAGAGACACAGAGGGGCUAAUGCAAGAGAUCAAUGAUUUGAGGUUAAGAGUCAGUGAAAUGGACAAUGAAAGACUUCAGUAUGAAAAAAAGCUGAAAUCAACCAAAUCUUUAAUGGCCAAACUUUCUAGCAUGAAAAUCAAGGUGGGUCAGAUGCAGUAUGAAAAGCAGCGGAUGGAGCGAAAAUGGGAGUCACUGAAGGACGAACUGGCAUCUUUAAAAGAACAGCUAGAAGAGAAGGAAUCUGAAGUAAAAAGGCUACAAGAAAAAUUGGUGUGCAAGAUGAAAGGAGAAGGGAUGGAAAUUCUUGAUCGAGAUGAAAAUUUUAAAAAGAAGCUCAAAGACAAAAAUAUUGAAGUACAAAAAAUGAAAAAGGCUGUGGAGUCUUUGAUGGCAGCAAAUGAAGAAAAGGAUCGGAAAAUAGAAGAUCUUCGCCAGUGCCUGAGCAGGUACAAGAAAAUGCAAGAUACGGUGGUACUGGCCCAAGGUAAAAAAGGCCAGGAUAGCGACUUUGAAGAUCUGCUCACAUCCAGUUCCAUCUCCACUUUGCUGGAUGCACAAGGUUUUAGUGACCUGGAGAAAAGUCUGUCGCCUACACCAGUAAUGGAAUCUCCCAGCCGUGACCCAUUUAACACAAGUGUUCCAGAAGAGUUCCACACCGGUAUCUUGCAAGUUUCGGUCCCUUCAUUAUUGCCAGCAUCUAAGGGCUUGGAAAUUUCCGAAAAAGCAAAAUUGCCUCAACCAGAGACUUCGUUUGAAGAGAAUGAUGGAAAAAUAAUCCUUGGUGCUGCUGUUGAAACCCAGCCUUCUGAUAGUUUUUCAACUUCGAGUCUGCAAAAGUCCAGCAGCCUGGGCAAUCUGAAGAAAGAGUCAUCAGAUGGGGAUACAGAGUCUGUCCAGAAGCCUUCAGAGGAUAAAACUCCAGCAGAAAGCAGCCCAUUUGGAAGCCUCCCUCCAAAAGCUCCAGGACAUGAGGCCUCCAUGGAUGACAACCCCUUUGGCACUCGAAAAGCCAGAUCUUCCUUUGGGCGUGGCUUUUUUAAAAUAAAAAGUAACAAGAGGACAGCAAGUGCCCCCAACUUGGAUCGUAAACGAAGUGCCAGUGCACCCACCUUAGCUGAAACAGAGAAGGAGACAGCUGAGCACCUAGAUCUUGCUGGUGUAUCUUCCCGGCCAAAAGAUGCGCCAGGAAGUAGUCCCUUCCAGAUAUCUCCGCCGUCGCCAGAUUCCAAAAAGAAAUCCAGAGGUAUCAUGAAACUCUUUGGAAAACUUAGGAGAAGUCAGUCAACUACAUUCAAUCCAGAUGACAUGUCUGAGCCUGAAUUCAAAAGAGGAGGAACAAGGGCAACCGCAGGGCCGCGACUGGGUUGGUCUCGAGAUUUGGGACAGUCUAACAGUGACUUGGACAUGCCAUUUGCCAAAUGGACCAAGGAACAAGUUUGCAAUUGGCUUGUGGAACAAGGCUUGGGGUCCUACCUGAAUUCUGGAAAGCAUUGGAUUGCAUCUGGCCAAACACUUUUGCAGGCUUCUCAACAAGAUCUAGAGAAGGAACUUGGAAUUAAGCAUUCACUUCAUCGAAAGAAACUCCAGCUGGCACUGCAAGCCCUGGGAUCCGAAGAAGAAACCAAUCACGGAAAGCUGGAUUUCAACUGGGUCACUCGAUGGUUGGAUGAUAUUGGUCUCCCCCAGUACAAGACGCAGUUUGACGAAGGACGAGUAGAUGGUCGAAUGCUCCAUUACAUGACUGUUGAUGACUUACUGUCUUUGAAGGUUGUGAGUGUGCUGCACCAUCUCAGUAUCAAAAGGGCUAUCCAGGUCCUGAGGAUCAAUAACUUUGAACCAAACUGUCUGCGGAGGCGGCCAUCUGAUGAGAAUAGCAUCACCCCGUCAGAGGUUCAGCAGUGGACCAACCAUCGUGUGAUGGAGUGGCUGCGCUCCGUGGACUUGGCAGAAUAUGCCCCCAAUCUCAGAGGCAGUGGUGUUCAUGGUGGGCUCAUGGUUCUAGAACCUCGUUUUAAUGUAGAAACAAUGGCUCAGUUAUUGAAUAUCCCACCAAGUAAGACCCUCUUGCGAAGACAUUUGGCCACUCAUUUCAACCUUCUGAUCGGUGCUGAGGCCCAGCACCAAAAGCGUGAUGCCAUGGAGUUACCAGAUUAUGUACUUCUAACAGCCACUGCCAAAGUGAAGCCAAAGAAACUGACCUUCAGCAAUUUUGGGAAUCUGAGAAAGAAGAAACAGGAAGAUGGGGAAGAAUAUGUUUGUCCAAUGGAAUUGGGACAGGCAUCAGGAAGUACAUGCAAGAAAGGAUUCAAACCUGGUUUGGACAUGCGCCUGUAUGAUGAAGAUGAGUUAGACCGGUUAGAGCAGAUGGAAGAUUCAGAAGGGACAGUGAGACAGAUAGGUGCGUUCUCUGAAGGCAUCAACAAUCUAACGCACAUGUUAAAGGAGGACGACAUGUUCAGAGACUUCGCCGCCCGUUCCCCCAGUGCCAGCAUCACCGACGAGGACUCCAACGUUUAAACCACGGCCCUCAAAUGAGCAUCAGGAGCCCCUCGCCUUUUCUCCACCUUCCUUCUCAAACACUCACAGAACACAUUACAAGCAGCAGAUUGUUUACUGUCUAUUAUUCCAGCUUCUCAUGUGGAAGUGGAAACCGAAAGCAGGGGGUAUGUGCCCGUUCUGAAGACGCCAUGAAAAAGGAGACACUGGUGAAUGAGACGAUAAUCGUUUUUCUUCUAUUUAAUGUACAAAUCUGUGAUAUAUUAUAUUUAAAGUAUUGCAUUUAAUAUGAGUGUUUUACCGUCGUGUUGCCAUUCCCCUUCACGGUAUGCAGGAUGUGGGAAGCAGGAAGCAGUCUGUGAAUGACUCUGUCACGUCUGCGUCCGUCCGUGUGACAGCACCACAGCCAUCAAAGCAGAGCAUCGUCUGCUUUCAAAAUCAAUAGGUGGAAUUUCUUUAAGCAUUCAGUGUGCCCGCUAAGUGCCAGCCACACCUCCACUUGCCUCCCGUGGUCCUUUUUUAUAUAUUUUUUAAAAUAUGUGUACAUAUUUAGUACAUAGAAAAUAGAACUUUUAUCUUGUGACAUAAGGCAGAUGGUGAAAAGCUAACACAGCGAUCAGAAUUUUCACGGACCAGCUGGUUUCAUGGAAAGGUUGGGAUGAUCUUUCCUUCUCCACAACUGAAUUGUAAUGCUGUUGAUCAUUCCAACCAAAUUAGUAUAUCUGAAAUACCCCUCCCUUGAUGAUACAUCACAAAAUUGUUGAAGAGUUAAGAAGUUCAACCUCAAUCUUGGAUCCUUUUACCUCCGAAGGAAGAACUCAAGAGACAUUUAAAUACUCUUAACUUGAAUGCAUUCAGGAGUUCCCCCAAAAUGUAGACAUAGAAAUGAUUUCUGAAGAAACCAAAACAAAA